AGAUCGGAGCAAUUGCGGGAUCGAAACACACAGCUCAGUUAACUAGCUAGCUGGUGCUGGAACGAUCAGCUGCCGUGCGGCUUCCUCUCGACCGGCAAUGACGGCUGCGACGACGAUGGCGAAGCCGGCAGCGGGGACUACUGGCGGCGGGAGGCGGUACGCGCUGCUGCUGGCGCUGUGGGACUCGGAGUACUCCAGCAAGGUGUACGGCGGCUACUACAACGUCUUCGUGGCGGCGUUCGGCGGCGCCGGCGGGGACGGGGAGAGGUGGGACUGCUUCCGCGUGAUCGCCGGCGAGUUCCCAGCGCCGGAGGACCUGGCCUCGUACGACGGCUUCGUGGUCAGCGGCAGCCCGCACGACGCGUACGGCGAGGAGCCCUGGAUCGCCGACCUCUGCGCGCUCAUCCAGACGCUCCACGCCAUGGGCAAGCGGGUCCUCGGCAUCUGCUUCGGACACCAAGUCUUGUGCCGGGCGUUAGGGGGAAGGAUCGGCAAGGCGCGGAACGGAUGGGACGUCGGGGUGAAGAUGGUGACCUUCGUGCGAGACCUAGAGGGCUUCGGCUUCCUUGGAGAUCUCGAGGAGCUCCCCUCCAGCGCCUCCCUCAUCGAGGUCCACCAGGACGAGGUGUGGGAGCUCCCGCCGGGGGCGACGGUGCUGGCCUUCUCGGAGAAGACGCGCGUGGAGGCGUUCGCGGUGGGGGAGCACGCGCUGGGCAUCCAGGGCCACCCGGAGUACACCGCCGACAUCCUCCACAACCUCAUCGACCGCCUCACCAGCCAGAGCGCCAUCCCGGCGAGCGUCGGCGAGGACGCGCGGCGGACGGUUUCGGAGACCGGCGGGCCGGACCGCGCGUUCUGGAUGGCGCUUUGCAAGGGGUUCCUAAACGGAGGUCGGCGGAGCUGCAGCCUCCCCACGCCGGUGCGGGAGCCCGCGCCGGAGGUGAGCAGCCGCGCCAUCGUCGCCGGCUGCUUCACCGCCGGCACCGCUCCGGUGGUCCAGUUGGCUUGUCGCGCUAGUACCGGUCAAUUGGCACGUGCCUUUUCGCUGCAUGAUUGGUGACGUGGCCCAGCUACGGCAUUGCAUGCAUGCAUGCGCUACGCGACACUGUACUCGCAGCUCUCGGCUGCAGGAAGCUGGGGGUUCCACGUGUACUUCUUUUCCUGAAGUUCUGAAUUCGAACGUGACAGGGUAACAGGAGUGCAAGACUGAAUGCGCUGAAACUUAUGGCAGAUCAUUUGUGAUGAUGAUGGUA